CCUUCAAAUAAAGAAAGUGUGUACAGCCCUACCUUCGCUCCAUGAUCGGAGGAAGAGGCCUCUGGAGAGAUUAUACUGCAAUAGUAUGGAAUUCAUUAUACAGCACUGUUUUCACCUAUAGAUCUUGAAACAUUUUACAAUGGAAGCAGAAAAGUCCGAACCCCAUGACUCCACUGUCUCAGGUCUAAAAGGGCAGAUUGGUAAGGUCAGAAUGCCCGAGAUUGGUGAGUAGGGACUCUGUGCAUGAAGAAGAAGGGGAUCUCACCUGUUUAAAAUCUGGAGCAAAUCAGCGAGAGAGGAAAGAACAGCGGUGGCAGAGCAGCUGUGUGUCUGAGCUGAGAAGCAGAGAGCAUCUAGCAGCAACAGCAGAGAGUGAUCCCCAAACUCCCCCUCGCACGCGACCCAGCCACCAAGUACAUGCCUGGCUGGUACAAAAGGGACUGACAGGGAUUCUAGAAGCAAUGGAUUUGCAACAGCUGAUGAACUCCCUGUGAGAGGAGGGAGAGGGAAGAUUGCAGUCGAGCCCACCCCCCCCCCCCCCACAUGAGAGCAGGAGGUGAGCACUGGCUCUUUGUGAGCGGCAGGCUGCAUAAGAAGAAAAGUGGUGGUGGGAAAAUGCCAGGCUGCCUGCAGGAGACUUGGAAAGGAGCGAAAGCUUGGAGCACUUAUGACCGGCGAUAUAGCUGCGCUUGUAAGAGUUCAAAAGCUGGAAGGGUCGCAGUUUGUGUUUCCGAGAUGCAAGAGGAGGAAUAAAGAGGAGGCGGUUUGUGUGCCGAUGGGGACGUAGCACCAAUGAGAUCUCUGGGGACAGCAGGACAAAGGGAACUCAUGGAUGGGCUUUACCUGCUAGGAGCGGGAGAUGGGCUGGAGAUGAUCAAUGACACCCUCAGCAAGAAGAGUUGGGUGGAGGACGACAACUCGGAGCUGUCCCUGCGGGUGGUGAUGGCUGCCCUGCUCUUCCUCCUCAUCCUCUCCACCUUGCUGGGCAACACCCUAGUGUGCAUGGCUGUGAUCAAAUUCCGGCACUUGCGCUCCAAGGUCACCAACUUCUUUGUCAUCUCGCUGGCCAUCUCCGACCUGUUCGUGGCCGUGCUGGUGAUGCCAUGGAAGGCAGUCGCUGAGGUGGCUGGCUUCUGGCCUUUCGGGGGCUUCUGUGAUGUCUGGGUGGCCUUUGACAUCAUGUGCUCCACAGCCUCCAUCCUCAACCUGUGCAUUAUCAGCGUGGACAGGUACUGGGCCAUCUCUAGCCCAUUCCGCUAUGAGAGGAAGAUGACCCAGCGGGUGGCUUUCAUCAUGAUUGGGGUGGCUUGGCUGCUCUCCAUCUUGAUCUCCUUCAUCCCUGUGCAGCUGAGGUGGCACAAGGCCAACGAGCUCCUUGCUCAGCAGGAGCCAGGCUCCAACUUCACACAGGGCUCAGAGGAGAACUGCGACUCCAGCCUUAACAGGACCUAUGCUAUCUCCUCAUCCCUCAUCAGCUUCUACAUCCCCGUUGCCAUCAUGAUCAUCACAUACACCAGGAUCUUCCGCAUCGCUCAGUGGCAGAUCCGCAGGAUCUCCUCUCUGGAGAGAGCUGUGGAGCAUGCCCAGAACUGCCACAGCAAUGACUGCCCCCACGAGGCCUCCCUGAAGAACUCUUUCAAAAAGGAGACCAAAGUCCUCAAGACCCUCUCCGUCAUCAUGGGCGUCUUCGUCUUCUGCUGGCUGCCCUUCUUUGUGCUCAACUGCAUGGUGCCCUUCUGCAACCUUGACCUGCACAAUCCCAGGGAGUUGCCCUGUGUCAGCGAGACAGUCUUCAACAUCUUUGUCUGGUUUGGUUGGGCCAACUCCUCCCUCAACCCCAUCAUCUACGCCUUCAAUGCUGACUUCAGGAGGGCCUUUGCCACCAUCCUGGGCUGCAGCCGUCUCUGCCCCAGCAACACUGUGGAGACGGUGAAUUUCAGCAACGAGCUGGUCUCCUACCACCAUGACACCACCUACCAGAAGGACGUGGUGACCCUCAGCUACCCGCACCUUCUCCCCCAUGCCACCCUGCAGGCAGAAGACAAUGAGCUGACUUUUGACAAAGUGUCUCAGAUCUCCCAGACCUCCCACAACAACCAUGCCGAUGCCGUCUUGCCAGCCGUGGUCCACGUGGAGUGCGAGAUGGAUAUAUCACUGGAGAAGAUCACUCCCUUCACCUCCAGUGUGCUGGAUUGAAAGGGGAUCAGGAGAGGGAGUAGGGGCGGGGAGAAGGGCUAUGGCAGAGAGACGUCUGCAGCAAUCGCCCAGUUUCUGGGGAGUGUGCCUAUAGGGGAGGGAUGGGGAGAGGAAUUGCUACCCCUCUGGCUGGGAAGGAGUUUGUAUGUAUGUAUUAGCAAAUAUGUUGGUGUCUUCCUUUGUUUCUCUGAUAUACUCAGAAAAGUGACUUUCUAGGGGACUGGAUGGCUCGGGGGAAUGGCGCUUUUCACCUCAAGUCCAUGGGUUCAAACCCAGGGCCAACCCAAGUUGAUAGUGAAUGGAAGUGGUUGAUGUGGAAUUGGGUUUGUUUAGUUUGGAAAAGAGAAGACUGAGAGGGGACAUGAUAGCAGUUUUCAGGAAUCUAAAAGGGUGUCAUCAGGAGGAGGGAGAAAACUUGUUCACCUUAGCCUCCAAUGAUAGAACAAGAAGCAAUGGGCUUAAACUGCAGCAAGGGAGAUUUAGGUUGGACGUUAGGAAAAAGUUCCUAACUGUCAGGGUAGUUAAACACUGGAAUAGAUUGGCUAGGGAAGUUGUGGAAUCUCCAUCUCUGGAGAUAUUUAAGAGUAGGUUAGAUAAAUGUCUAUUAGGGAUGGUCUAGACAGUACUUGGUCCUGCCAUGAGGGCAGGGGACUGGACUCGAUGACCUCUCGAGGUCCCUUCCAGUCCCAAAGUCUAUGAGUCUAUGAGUGCCUUAUGUCAAGUGAGUUUGGUGGGUCUCAGUGUAGUUCCUAGGAAAAAGAAAAAUCCCUUGUCAUAGUUGUCAGUAGCUUCCUCUGGGAAACCAUGGACUUGAACAGGCCCCUGAGACGGACUUUCCCUCUCAACCCAUUUGGGGGGGAAGAGGGAGUUUGCCCUACUGCUGCUUCUCCCAGUCCUAUGGCGAAACAAAUGCUUUCACUCUCCCAGGCUACUAAAGUGACACAGAAAAUGCAACAAACCAGAGGGACUGCUGCCUGCAUGAUUGUUCAUUGGAGCGGGCCAGGCUGGGUAAUGCUAUCAGCUCCAUGGUCUGACAGCCCUACCUAUCCUGUCAGCCUUGAACUGUGGAGACCAACUUCUCUUGUGACGCCUGUGUAGGGGAGAUAGAAUUGCUUUACAAGCCACCUUAAUCCUGGCCUUUUCCCCAGCCCCCUCGCUCACAUCUAUGUGCUUGUACUACAGGCAGCCAUCCCCUGAGACUAGCAAACAGGGAACAGGCAGCUAGGACACCUGGGCUCUGUUCUUGGCUUUCGGAGGGGAAGAUGGUCUAGAUUUUAGAGCAGGUAACCCAAGAGUCCUGACUCCCAGCUCGAGGGGAGUGUUUAGAACAAGGUGCUGGGUAUUAGGAAGUUGGGAUGCUAAGGCAGAAAAGUGGUGUUGCCAUGUUCUCUUGCCCCUCAUUGGGAAGUUGAGUAAAUAGGCACCAGUUCAUCUGUGAGGAGGUGUCUCUCCUCCAUCACUCUGGCUCAGGCAGAUUAUCUUCCAGGCCAAUACAAAUACAUGGCCCACUGGAUUGGAGCUUUCAGGUUGCACUAGUCUGCAGUAAUGGGCCCAAAGGCUGUACCAGGCUGUAGUGCUUUGGCUCAUUGCUGUAGGAUGCUGGGUGCUAAGGGUUUGGUCCUGCAUUUGGGGCAGAACACACUUUGGUCCUUUCUCCACUUGCACUUAUGCCGUGUUCAGUUCUACUGCACCUGUUGCUUAUCACUGUUGUCAGCCAAAGGGGCAUUUUCUGUGGCAGCGGAGGUUACUGACUCCAGUCUGAGUCCUUUGUAUGCAGGGAGUGGAGGAAAGAGUCAGACUCCUCGUUUUAGGGGGAAGAUGUUGAUCUCAAGUUGUUAAUCUCUUUCUCCUAUCCUCCAUCAAUUAUCCUUGCUCUAGUCUCUUUCUUCUCCAUUUUCCCUGCAGUCUCUGAACUUCCCAGUCUUUCCAACCCCCUUCCACCCCCACUCCCCACCUCUCCGCAUUACAUUAGAUCCCGGUGCACUGUCUCAUUUCAAUAACAAUAGCUUUUUGAGUAUCUCUGUUUCCUCACUCAUCUGUACUUUUAAAUUAGCAUCUUCUUUGCAUAUUCUAACUUGUGUCUGGUUGCUCCAGUACCAGACAAUGUGUGUGUGGGAUAUGGGAGAAGCCCCUGGCAUUGCAUUGUAAAACAUGACACUGAUCAUUUUUACAAUGUUUUGAUAGGGGAUUGGUUAACCAUUGCAGCAAAAAUGGCAUGUCCACCUUAGCCUGAAUCCAGGUGCCUCCACUCUCUGGCAUCUGCAGCUCCUUAGCACUGCCAAAGCUGUUCGUUCUCUCUUCCCAACAAACCUUAACAAAGAGAAAUCAGAAGGUGAUAAUUACAGAGUAACUGUAAUUAUUAGAGACAGCCAAGUCACAGUGCAGUCAGUGUGGGAGGGAAGCAGAAGUGUGGGGUCCUUCCUAGGAUAGCUCUGCUGAAGCACUCACAAGAUGGAACUUAUUUUCUGUAUAACCACCUCUUAGUACAGCAGGGUUGUCUCUCUAGUGGUUAGAGCAGAGUCAGGAUGCCUGGGUUCUACUCCCAGCCAUGGGGGAGGGGAGUCUAAUGACCAGAGCAGGAGCAGGGAUUGGGAGUCAGGAUUCCUGAGCUAUGCUCUUCGGGAUGGUCAUUUACUAUAUGUUUAUCCAAUACUUAGCACAAUGGGGCCUCUCCCUGGUUGAGGCAUUGCUGCAUUAUGAUGAUGAUUAAUUAUACUAUUCCCAGCUGUGGGAGAGGAGUACUUUCCAGUGGUUAGAGCAGGGGCAACGCUGGGAGUCAGAACUAUUCCACUGCUUUCCUAGACAAGUCACUUCACCUCUCCAUCUCAAUAUCCUCAUCUCUGGUGAGGGUCUAAUACCUAACCUACAGCGAUGCUGUGUGAGGCUUAAUCCCUGAAUGUUUGUAAAGUGCUUUGAGAAGGGCAACUCAUUCAUAAUAUUCUUGUUACUUUAUGACAAAAGUUGGGUGAACUUGCCACGUGUCUGACUGGGGACUUGGCCCUUUGACGGGGUUAGCCAGUGGGAGCGGACAAGCAGAGGUGGGUAGUGGUGCAGAAAUGUUGUUUAUUAUCUGCAUAGAAACAGAGAGACUUUGCCUUUGUGUGUGCAUGUUGGGGGAGGGGCAGCUGCAAAGGAUUCUUCGCCCCCCUGGUUCUUCAGAAGACCCCUGCUCCUCAGGGCUGGUUCUUCCCUUUACUGACUGUACAAUGGAUCAUUCCCACCCCCCAGCUCUGACUGUGACCUUCGUCAGAGCCACCCGUGGCCGAUGUUUUCCUGGCGCCUGUGGCCCAUUGUCCAGGGCCUGGCAAUGACUGAACUGCGCCUGUGGCCUCCAGGGCAUUGUACUGGCCCCUCUGUGCUACAGCAGCAUCCAGGGAUCAGGCUAGAAAAUGGACGGCAACUUCCAAACCACAUGUGUGUUUCUGUGUUUAACUAGGAUUUUCUUGUCUGGCAA